UAUAAAGGCCGGUCCGGCAGCAUCUGGUCAGUCCCAGCUCAGAGCCGCAACGAGCACAGCCAUGCCCAGGCAAGAACUCAGGACGCUGAAUGGCUUUCAGAUGCUCCUGGUGUUGCUGGUGCUCUCGUGGCCGCCGCAUGGGGGCGCCCUGUCUCUGGCCGAGGCGAGCCGCGCAAGUUUCCCGGGACCCUCAGAUUUGCACUCCGAAGACUCCAGAUUCCGAGAGUUGCGGAAACGCUACGAGGACCUGCUGACCAGGCUGCGGGCCAACCAGAGCUGGGAAGAUUCGAACACCAACCUCGUCCCGGCCCCUGCAGUCCGGAUACUCACUCCAGAAGUGCGGCUGGGAUCUGGCGGCCACCUGCACCUGCGUAUCUCUCGGGCCGCCCUUCCCGAGGGGCUCCCCGAGGCCUCCCGCCUUCACCGGGCUCUGUUCCGGCUGUCUCCGACGGCCUCAAGGUCGUGGGACGUGACACGACUGCUGCGGCGUCAGCUCAGCCUUGCAAGACCCCAGGCGCCCGCGCUGCACCUGCGACUGUCGCCGCCGCCGUCGCAGUCGGACCAACUGCUGGCAGAAUCUUCGUCAGCACGGCCCCAGCUGGAGUUGCACUUGCGGCCGCGAGCCGCCAGGGGGCGCCGCAGAGCGCGUGCGCGCAACGGGGACCACUGUCCGCUCGGGCCCGGGCGCUGCUGCCGUCUGCACACGGUCCGCGCGUCGCUGGAAGACCUGGGCUGGGCCGAUUGGGUGCUUUCGCCACGGGAGGUGCAAGUGACCAUGUGCAUCGGCGCGUGCCCGAGCCAGUUCCGGGCGGCAAACAUGCACGCGCAGAUCAAGACGAGCCUGCACCGCCUGAAGCCCGACACGGUGCCAGCGCCCUGCUGCGUGCCCGCCAGCUACAAUCCCAUGGUGCUCAUUCAAAAGACCGACACCGGGGUGUCGCUCCAGACCUAUGACGACUUGUUAGCCAAAGACUGUCACUGCAUAUGAGCAGCCCUGGUCCUUCCACUGUGCACCUGCGCGGGGGACGCGACCUCAGUUGUCCUGGCCUGUGGAAUGGGCUCAAGGGUCCUGAGACACCCGAUUCCUGCCCAAACAGCUGUAUUUAUAUGUCUGUUAUUUAUUAUUAAUUUAUUGGGGUGACCUUCUUGGGAACUGGGGGGCUUGUCUGAUGGAACUAUGUAUUUAUUUAAAACUCUGGUGAUAAAAAUAAAGCUGUCUGAAGUGCC